AGUUCACAAAAGAAAUAAUUUAUAUUUUUCCGAAACAUUUCUUUAGAAUGGCAAAGGGGAAGAUGAAAAUUUUGUCAUUACUAUGCGUUUACUUUGUGGCAACCUCAGUGAUCGCUAGAAAUGUGAGAGAUGACAAUGAGAAGACUGGGUUAAUUGGUAAGGGCGCUAAAAUGGGAGGUGGUGUUGGUGGCACCAUUAGCGGUGGUGUAGGGGGAGGUGGUGGUGCAAGUGUUGGUGGUGGAGUCGGUGGUGGAGCUGGUGGUGGUGUAGGUGUUGGUGGAGGAUUCAGAAGUGGUGGAAUACACCAUCACUAAGAUUUAUUAAUGGUGAAUGUAUUUGUAUUCGUAUGACGUUCUUAAGAUAAAUACUACACAUUCUAUAUGCACAUGAACUUUGGUCGUUGCUAAAUCUUACAUAAUUAUUGCUCUAAAUGGAAUAAAACCAAAGCUUAUUGAUAUUGUUGUUUGUGCACAAGUAUGUUUAUGCUCAUUAAUUAUGUAUUUUUUCAAAUUAGUCUACAAAAUGAACUAAUUGUCAAGAU